AUGAAUAUAAAUAAAUUAGAUUCAUUGAAUUCAUUCAAUUAUAAAGAAUUAAUGAAAUCUCAUUUCACUAAAUCAACUUUAAUGAAAUCAUGGUCUAAUCUAAAUAAUACAAUUGAUAUACCAAAAUUAUCAAAAUAUAUUUCAUUACCAAAUCUAUAUUUAUCGGAACAAUUAAUGAAUUAUAAUAAUAAUAAUAAUAAUAAUAAUAAUAAUAAUAAUAAUAAUAAUAAUAAUAAUAAUAAUGAUAAUAAUAAAUCAAUGAAAUUCAUUAGACCGCAUAAAAUGAAUUUCAUGAAAACAAUUCGUCAAUAUAUAUCAAAAUCAGAACAAAAAAAUUUAUUAAUUAAAUGUGUACAUAUACCUGUAAUAGAAUUUACUACUUAUACUGAUAUCUUUGCAUUUGGGUAA